UAAAAUUUAAAAAAAAAAAAAAAAAAACACGGCAAUUUAAGAAACAACUUUUGGACAAGUGUGAAGUGAGCCAAGUCUAGAGCCAGCCACGCCCUGAGCACCCCUCGCUCUGUGCUGGUGCUAAUGUGCAAAGUUUUGUGUUUUCAUCAACAACAACAACAACAACAAAUUUACAGAAAAUUAUUUAAAAAGUGUGUGCAAAUAGACGAACAACAAUAACAACAACAACCUCUGGAGAAUUAACAGAACGGAAAACAGUUGCUGGCCCCGCAAUGCCCUUCGUGACACCCCGUAGCACAACAACAAGCGCUGGCAGCGCAGCUGGCGCCGGCGCCGGUGCUGGCAGCAGCACUGGCCGCACCACAUUUCGCCCACCAUGGGUCAAAGAGGAUGCGGCAGCAGCCACAAAGCCGGCGACAACGCCUUGGGCCAAAAAGGCAGCUGCAGCUGCAUCCGCCAAGGAAAAUGGCGAGAAAGCAGCGCCAGCGUCAGCAACAUCAACAGCCAACAGCAAAGCAAAGGCAACACCAGCAUCUACAACCACAGCAACAGCAGCAGCAGCUAAGAAGACACCUGAGCCAGCGAAAAAGACACCUGAGCCGGCCAAGAAGGCAACCGUAGAGCCCGCAAAGAAGACCACAGCAGCAACGACAGCAGGGGCCAAAAAGCAAGCGGAGCCAGCGAAGAAAACCGUUGCCGAGCCGGUAAAGAAAUCAGCGCCGGAGCCGGUCAAGAAAGCGAAUCUGGUAACAAAGAAACCCUUGGGCAAGAAGAAGGAGCCCACACCGCCGCCCGAAAGCUCCUCAGAGGAGGAAGAAAGCGAAGAGGAGGAGGAGGAAACUGAAGAGGAAACUGAAACUGAAGAAGAGACCGAGGAGGAAGCAAGCGAAGACGAGGAAGAGGAWGACGACGAUGACGACGACGACGAUGACGACACCACGCUGGAUGCGACGGUGCCGGAGCACGUGAAGAAGGCCGCGCAGCUGCGCCCUACGCCGAUCAACAAGAAGCCGGAGGAAAGUGAGUUAACACAACGUUUCACCUUAGAGAAACCCAAAUUGCGCAGCGUUGUAGUCAAGCGUGACAAAUCGAUGAAGAAGGUGGCGCCCGAGGAUGACGACGAAGCUGUCGACGGCGAAACGGAGGAGGAGCGUGAGAGACGUUUGCGGUUCAAGCUGGAGAAACCGAAAUUGAGGCAUGUGAAGCGCGAGGAGAAGCCACUGCCCAGCAAGAGCACCGACAAUCUGCUAAAGAUCCGACCAGUUCUCAAAAAGGUACCCAAAGUUGAUGAAAUACUCAAAGAACCCAAAGAAGAACCCAAGCCCGAAUUCAAGACCAAAACCCUGAGGAAAGCGCCCUCAAUAAAGCGCGAACCGAGCAUCAAAAAUGUUCCAGCGCCACCGCCGCUGCCCUCGUUGGUGCCAAAGGCUCCACCACCGCCCCCGCCGCCAUUGGCGCCCGGCGAGAAGCGGGUGCUCAGCGAAACGCAAAAGCAAACGCUCGAGAAGCUCAAGUCACGACCACGCAGACGGCCCGACUGGUCCGAGAUGAUGAAGGAGGUGGAGAGCGGCAAGAAGCUGCGCCAUGUGGCAUGCAACGACAGAUCUCAGCCCAUAUUGACAUGCAAAUCGAUGACCAAAGUGGACGAUAAAUUCAUCUAUGAAACAGAGAAGGACAACUCGCACAACAARCUGCUCAAGCAAAUCCAGGGCGGCGUUCGRCUGAGGCCCACGCAGACAAACGAUCGCAGCAAGCCCAUAUUGGAGGGUCUGCGCAAGUUCGGACGCCAGAUGACCAUCGAGGAGCAGCUGCACAAGUCCCUGUCCAAGGUCAAUAUGCUGAGCGAGGCGCCCAGCAGCCAUGCGCUGAACAGUGCGAACAGUGGGUCGGCGAGUGGUGCGGGCAGCUCCAGGCCCAGCAUUGUCUUGACCAUGUCCAUCGAUGAGGAGAGUCCCGAUGAACUGGACGAUAUCGACAAGUUGCGUGACGAUUUGCAGAGCACCAAGCAGAUGCUGGCGCUGGAGCUGCGCAACCGUGAGGCGCAGGAACGUGAGAACAAGAAGCUCUUGGCCAAAAUACGUACGCUCGAGACGGAAUUGGAGCGUGAGAAGUCGCGCGAAAAGAAUCUCGAGUACGGCUCCAAUGUUAUUGUAGCCACCAUGGACCCCACGCCCACAUCCGAGCAGGCAUAUGUCAACUCACUGAAACGUGAGGUCGAGGACGCGCGCAAGGUGUCCAAGGAGGUGGAGAAGAACUAUCACGACACGGGCAAACUGCUAGUCGAGGCGAAAACAGAAAUCGAGGAACAAAAGCGACAGAUACAAUUGCUCGAGCGCAAAUUGGCAGCUGCUUUGCAGGGCGGCACAUUGGAUGGCUCGAGAAGACCGAGCGAUCCACUUUUCGGACGCGACAGCUCACCCGAACUGGAGCUGGAGUUGAGCGAGAGCGAUCCCGAUGAGCCGGAGGAGAAGAAGACAGAGCGACGCGAGCGACGAAUGGGCAAGGAGGUGAAGGUGCUGCGCAGCAAGCUAACCAAACUGAAGGUCAAGGAGGAGGCGGCCAAGAAGGAGAAGGAUGCACUGAAGCAAGCCAUGAAGAAGAAUCAUGUUAUACUCAAAGAGGAGAACAAAAAGUUCAAAAAACUGGAGAAAGAGGUGCAAAAGAUGGCCGCAUCGAUGAAGCUGGACGAGGACGAGAUCGAUGCCGAGGACAAAGAAGAAGAGGAGGCAGCCGAAGAGGAACAGGAGGAGGAAGAGGAAGAGUCCGAGGAGGAGUCAGAAGAAUCCGAAUCAGAGGAGAGCGAAGCAGAACCGGACAGCGAAUCCGAAGCAGAAGAUGCUCCCAAUUCCGCCAAGAAGAGCAACUUGGAGCCGCGCGUGAAGAAGCACGAGAGUCGCUUUGCGGCAAUGAAGAAAUGCAAUGUGCUGCUGCAGGCGAACGUGGAUAAUUUGCAGGAUCAAAUUUCACAGGUGCGCUCCAGGGCUACCAAUCUGCAAGAUGAACUGGAUGCGGUGAUUGCCGAUUUGGGUUUCUAGGCCCAUGAGUCACAAUAUGAAGAAGAUGAACAACAACAGCUGCAGCUCCCGAGUAAAAAAUGAAUCGAAUGUACAACGUGUUUGUUUACUGUUUGCGUAGUGUUCCUUUUUUCAAUGUAUUUAAAUAUAAUUAUAUUAUCGACAUAUGUAAGUUCAA